AUGCUGGGUGAGCUACCCGCUUUCCUCGUUGGCUGGACAAUGAUAUCGGACAUAAUUGUUGCCACUGCGGCCAUCGCAAAGGCCUUCAGCGGCACAGUAGAUGGGGUCAGUGGGUACGCCAUCAGCCAGUGGGCCAACACCUCCCUCCUAUCUCUUCCACCAACCAGUUACACCGAGACCCAGCCAGACCUACUGGCAGGAUUUUUCAUUAUGUUUCUUGUCCUGAUUACACUAACAGGCGCAAAAAUCUCCCUCACUGUGAACUCCGUCUUCUCGGUCAUCCAGUUGAUCGGACUGGUCAUACUCAUCAUUGCCAGUUUUUCAGUUGGGCAGGUGAAAACC